AUGUUUCCUGAAUCCUCUAAACUGGAAAAUCAAACUGUAAUAACAAUGUUUAUUCUGUUGGGACUCUCCAAUAACCCAUACAUACAGGAUUUCUUUCUUUUCUUGUUCAUGAUCAUUUUCUUAGUCACCAUCAUGGGAAAUAUUUUAAUCAUAUUGGUCAUCAAGUCUGAGCUUCACCUUCAGACACCUAUGUUCUUUUUUCUCAGCCAUUUAGCUUUUGUUGACAUCUGCUAUUCCUCAGUCACUGUUCCCAAGAUGUUGGCAAAUUUCCUAACAAAGCAGAAAACUAUUUCUUGGGAAGGAUGUAUUGUACAGAUUUACUUCACUUUCCAAACAGCUUGUACAGAAAUUUUUAUCCUCUCAGCAAUGGGUUAUGACCGAUAUAUGGCUAUAUGUGACCCCCUGCAUUAUAGCAGAUACUUGACAAGAGAGAUAUGCAAUAAAAUGGUUGUUGGAGCCUGGAGCCUGGGAUUUUUUCAUUCUAUGGUGAAUGCACUUCCUUUGCUAAAUCUCCGUUUUUGUAGCAACAACAUCAUCAGACACUAUGCUUGUGAGCUUCCUUCACUCUUGCCCUUGUCUUGUACAGAUACUCUCUCUAAUUAUAUCAUUCUCCUUAUAUCACUGUCAGCAAUUAGUCUUAGCUCAUUUCUAAUCACGCUUGUUUCUUAUAUUUACAUUAUUUCUGCUGUUCUGAAAAUUAAUUCAGCAGAAGGCAGGCAGAAAGCUUUUUCCACAUGCAGUUCCCAUCUCAUUGUGGUUGGCUUAUAUUACUUUACAGGGGGAUUUUGUUACAUGAAGCCACGCUCAGAAUCAUUCAUGGAUCUGGACAAAGUAAUAUCUAUUCAAUAUAGCAUUUUAACUCCUAUGUUAAACCCUAUCAUAUAUAGUCUGAAAAACAAAGAGAUCAUAUCUGCUGUAGAAAAACUAUUUAGAAAAGUUAGGCCCAUUCUUUACCCAAGAAACAAUAUUCUGCGUUUUUGA